CUGGCGAAGAUGGCUGGCUGAACGCUGAAGACGGGGGAGAAAAAAAACUGCCACAGACAGAGAAAAUUCGUUUUUCUCCCCUCUGUUUUUAAGAGGGUUGAAUUCUAGAAACCUUGGAACCCCUUGGCAUCAAUUUACAAGCCAGAGAGAGAGGGAAAAAGUAACAAUUUGGUCUCCCUAACUUUUUCCAGACGCAGCGAUCUAGCCAGCUGGCUAGCUCUUAUUACAAUGUCGGAGAAAACCUGAAUAACACGACUUUAACUAACAGCAGAAACAUCAACAAACUCGAGUUCCCACAGUUCCAACACUACGGGCACGGAUGUGAUUUUCCAAAACCAAGCGGUGUUUCCCGGACCCAGCCUGCACUCGAGGGCUGUAACAGCAAGUUUGCGGACUGCGGCUGCAAUCUACAUCAAGCCUUUGAAACGGCUUGGACUGCCGUGUGGACGGCCCUCAGUAGACAGGACCCGCUCUGAUGGAGCCCAAAUAGCAGCGCUUCCCCCAGUCACGUCACAGACCGCACACCUCCCGGUGAGAUGAGUGAACCCUUCUGGCUGUCCUCCGCGGACGCGGUCGAGGUGGAUGCCUGCGACCAGGAGAUCGAAAGGAGCUACGAGGUCAUCCCUGCUGUCAUCUGCUCCAUGUGCUGCCUGUUCGGCAUCAUCUACUGCUUCUUUGGCUAUCGCUGCUUCAAGGCUGUCAUGUUCCUGUCGGGCCUGAUGUUCGGCUCGGUGGUCAUCUUCCUGCUGUGCCACAAGGAGCGCGUGCUGGACACGCAGCUGAGCGUGGAGGCGAGCGCAGGCAUCGGACUGGGCAUCGGUGUGCUGUGCGGCCUGGUCACCAUGCUGGUGCGCAGCGUGGGCCUCUUCCUGACCGGCCUGCUGCUGGGGCUGCUGCUCGCUAUCGCCGCCCUCCUGGUGGCCAGCCACUUCCACACCCCCGGCACGGUGUGGGUGCCACUGGGUGUGCUGUUGGGCGCGGGGAUGCUGUGCGCUGUGCUGGCGCUGCAGUGGCAGCGGCCACUCACUGUGCUCUCCACUGCCGCCUUCGGUGCCGCUAUCCUCACCGUCUGCGCUGACUACUUCGUGGAGAUGCUGGUGCUGGCGGUGCAUGUGUACGACCGGCUGCGCCUGGCGCCCGCGCCACUGCUCUGCUGGUACAGCUGGGUGAUUGUGGCUGUGUGGCCCGUGCUCGCCCUCACCGGCGCACUGGUGCAGUGGAAGCUGACAGCCGAGGGCUUCUCACACACGGAGGUCAUCAUUAGCAGGCGGCAGAAGAAGGUGCAGCUGAUGCGGAUCCGACAGAGAGACGCCAAGAAGCGGCCGCAGAGCACCACGCAAGAGCCCUCCUACCGCCGCAAGCCAACGCCCGUCAAGCGCUACACCGGAGACCUGCUGGCUCCGAGCUACCUGCAGAGUCUGCGAGACAGGCAAAUGGGCACGGGUAACUCCCUCAGCAGCCUGGGCCCCACCCACCAGACCACCAUCGACCUUGACUACGACACCGGCUCCACUGUACCUCUCACUGCCACCAGCCCAGUCAUUCGGGUCUGAGGGUGGAGCCUCUUUCAAUAGCUUCUGCUCUGCAGCACACAGUCCCCUCCCUGCCCACCAGAGAGCCCAGUUCUUUUCACCCACUCCAUUUCUGCUCUCCAGUCCCCCCCCACCGCCCGUGCCUCUGUGGUCUGUACUGCUCCACACCACAAGAACCAGUGGGGGAGGAUGUGUGGAUGGAGCGUGAUGUGGGCGUGGCACUCCUUCCCUUUCAGGGAUAGGAUGCGGCCUGGCUCUGAUGACCACUUUGGGUUCUGCCCCUCUUUCACCAUGUGAUGGAUGCCUGCAAAGCAAGCCUCCUGUUGGUUCCUCCCUCUGAGCUCCAACCCUCUGAAGUCCAACCCUGCCACACUAGUUGUAUCCCAUGAUGCACCUUCCUCUGUGGAGGUCAGGUCCAUGUGAAGCCUCUGUUUGGUGCUUUUGUGUGAGAGAGCCACACCGGUGCCCUGGGUGUCCCCAGGAGAUAUGAUGAAACUGCUCCCAGUCAUCACCCCUUUAAUGCUCCAUGAACACAGAACAAAUCACAAGAGCAGGAGUGUCAGCAUGAUUUCUCUUCUCCUCUUAUCAAUGCUGAAAAUAGAGAACGGUUUCGUGUUUCUUUUUUAGCUCCUAGCUCAGCAUCCUCCUCUGCAUUCCCAGAAUAUUGGUGCUUUCAGUCAAACCAGGAGACAAUGGUUUGGCACAAAUGAGACUUCCUCCUUUUGGGUUUGGGAGUACACGCAAAGAUGCAACCGAUUUUACAUUUCAAAGUGUUCCUGUGCCGUUCAGAAUUCGUGGAACAGGAAAACGAUGGCAAAUAACCAACCUCACUGAUCUGUGAUCAAACAGGGAUCUCAUCUGAGACUUUUUUUAGCACUGUGUGUUGUGUGUCUAAGGUCAGGUUGACCUUUGUGAUAGUGAUGGUGCUGGUGAAUUUCAUUUAUGCAGCAAAUUUUUGUUUUAAAGAGAAAGAGAGACUCAGCUUGAUUACUCCCGACAUACUGUAUACCCAGAAUGCACAACACAGCAGUGGAGAAGAGGCAUGGUAACUUUAACCGAUUAAACUUUUAAUUUUUUUAAAGGAUUUGAUGCCUUUUGUGAUUCACCAAAAAAGUAGUAGUACCAGUAAUGGAUGCACGGUCAUACCACUCUAAAAAUGACGGCAAAGUUCUGUUUUUAAGCAGGAUGUGUUAAUAUUUGAAUGAUUACUUCCAUUUGUAUCGAAUACUAAUUUAAUGUUGAA